AAGCUUCAAAGUUUUUUUUCUCGUAAAGAAGAAGAAUACAAAUAUUUUUCAUUUAUGAAGUUUCUUUGAGUGGGACUACAACUACAGGACUAAAAGUCCAAAAUAGUGGCUGGCUGGCUGGCUGCUAAUUAAUUAUUGGACAAAUCCAAUAUUCCUUCAAAGUUGAAAGUAGUACACAAUUCCAAAACCAUUUGCUACUUAUAUAAAUUGGGCAAAGUACAAGACUUCACUACAUACAUACACAUCAAAGAAAUGGCCAAUUACUCAACAUUUGUCUUUCUGUUAUUACCAUUACUUCUUCACAUUCGUUAUGUAAGAAGUGAGCUCCAAUUGAACUACUACUCAGAGAGUUGCCGAAGAGCUGAAGAGAUCAUCAAAGAACAAGUGGCAACAUUGUACCAUAAACAUGGCAAUACAGCAGUUUCUUGGAUCAGAAAUCUCUUUCAUGAUUGCAUGGUUAAGUCAUGUGAUGCAUCAAUAUAUUUGGACACAGCAAAUGGAGUGGAAUCAGAGAAGGAAUCUCCAAGGAAUUUUGGGAUGAGGAAUUUUAAGUAUAUUGAGACUAUCAAACAAGCACUUGAAAAAGAAUGUCCAAAUACUGUUUCUUGUGCUGAUAUUGUUGCUCUUUCUGCUAGGGAUGGUCUUUUCUGGUUAGGAGGGCCAAGAAUUGAAAUGAGAACAGGAAGGAAAGACAGCAAAGAAAGUUACUUAGCAGAAGUUGAAAAAUACCUUCCUAAUCACAAUGAUUCAAUGUCAUUUGUGCUUUCUCAAUUUCAAUCAAUUGGUAUUGAUACUGAAGGAACUGUUGCUCUUCUAGGUGCUCAUUCAGUAGGACGAGUUCAUUGUGUGAACUUAGUCCAUCGGCUUUACCCAACAGUUGACCCGACUAUCGACCCUGACUAUGCAAGGUACCUUAAAGGUCGAUGCCCCUCACCGGACCCCGACCCGGAAGCUGUUUUAUACUCAAGAUUUGAUCGUGAAACUACUAUGAUUUUGGACAAUAUGUACUACAAGAACCUUUUGAACAACAAGGGGUUAUUAAUUGUUGAUCAAGAAUUGGUUAAUGAUCCAAAUACUUCACCAUUUGUGGAGAAAAUGGCUGCUGAUAAUGGAUAUUUUCAUGAACAAUUUGCUAGGGCUUUGCUAAUUUUGUCUGAAAAUAAUCCACUUACCGGAGAUCAAGGUGAAAUUAGGAAAGUUUGUCGCUACUUAAAUAGUGCUUAAAAAGUAUUAUGUCUGGAUUUACAAGUGGAGACAGAAUAAAGCGUCUAUAAUAAAGACGUUUACUGUCUGUUUGGGGGGCAUUAGUGUGAUAUGUGGUUGCAUUUGUUUGGUUCUUUUCUUUUAUUUGUGUUGUAUUUACAUCUACAAGUGAAAUAAUAAUAUCAAUCGUAUCAAGUGUACUA